CGGGACGCACGCCUCCCGCCACAGCACGUACCAACCCGGACUCACUGCACUCCAUCUCGCUCUUAGCAAUGGAGUCCACGAAGGUCUCGGCGCUGCUGCUCCUGGCCAUGCUGGCGCUCUCCUCUUCCCCAGUCAUCCUCGCCUGCUCCUCCUGCGGCUCCACCGGCAGCAGCGCCACCCCUUCCACCGGGGUAACCCUCCCCACUUUACCCCCCGCCGGACUCGGCGCCGUUGCCCCCGUCGUCGGCUCCAUUGCCCCAGUCGUCGGCUCCAUCGCCCCCGUCGUCGGCUCCAUUGCCCCAGUCGUCGGCAGCACCGUGCCCCCCGUCCUCGGCUCCGUGCCCCCAGUCCUCGGCGGCUCCCUCCCACCAGUCCUCGGCGGCUCCGGAUCCGGAAGCCCGAUAACACUCCCAAAGCUCCCGAUAAUCGGCGGCUCCGGGAGCCCGGCCUCGCCCAAGGUACGCCACGGCGGACGCAAGGCGUGCCCGCCUUCUCCCCCGACGCCGACGCCUUCUCCUCCGACACCGACGCCGUCUCCUCCCACGCCGACGCCGUCGUAUGACACGUGCCCGAUCGACGGGCUGAAGCUGGGGGUGUGCCUGGACAUCCUGGGCAACGAGGUGCACAUCGGGGACGCGAGCGUCAAGUGCUGCCCGCUGGUGCAGGGCGUGGCGGGGCUCACCGUGGCGGCGUGCCUCUGCACCGCCAUCAAGGCCAAGGUGCUCGACAUCUCCCUCUACGUGCCGCUCGCGCUCAAGGUGCUCGUCAACGACUGCGGCUGCGCCAUCCCGCCCGGCUACACCUGCGCUUGAUUCAUUCAUUUUCCUACAUGCAUUGCACGCGUUUCCUUCUUCAGAUCCACGGCUCCAUGCAUGAAGCCACUCGCUUCUGUGCUUGUUCAAUUAUUAGUACUCCUAUUAUUUAUUUGUUUGAUUUCAUCGUCCGGUUUCUUAUUUGUGUUGUAAGAAUAUUUGUAUAUCCAGUGCCAGCGGAAACUGUAAUUGUAUGUUAAUUUGUGGACUAUUUUUCUCUCAAGUGUAAUUCUCGUGUUUGCUCGGUUAAAGAACAAGGUGUACAUUUCUCUU